AAAUAACAAACUUGAUAGGAAUCAUAACUUUUGUGUGACCUUUCCUUCUCCUGAACCUCGUAGUUGCACCUGACACAUUUCUUUGAAACGGUGCCCUGAUUUCUUCCACAACAGGGAUCAUGGAAGGAAGAAUGGGGCUUUUUUUUCUGUUUUUGUUGGGUGCUGCUUGGGUUUGUGAUGCAAGAGAGCUAGCAAACGGUGGUGAAGUAAACAGGAAAUCAGAUGUCUGUGAACUUUGUGAGGAAUAUACCACUGAGGCACUUGCUUAUCUAAAUGAUAAAGAGAACCAAAGAGAGAUUAUUGAUUCACUUCACAAUAAAUGUUAUCAGAUUCUCUCUUUCAAACAGCAGUGCAUUGAAUUGGUGGAUUAUUAUGCCCCACGUUUCUUCUCAGAAAUCGCAUCAGUUCUGCCUAGAGAACUCUGCGGACAGGUCCACCUCUGCCAAUCUGCAAAUAUCUCCUCACAAGUUCAAGGAAAUAAGUGUGACUCUUGCAAAGAUACUGUUUCAGCCAUACUGGUUAAGUUGAAUGAUCCUGACACCAAGCUUGAGAUAAUGGAAGCACUGUUGAAGGCAUGCAAUUCUAUGGAUCAGUUGGCAAAGAAGUGCAAGAGGAUGGUUUUUGAAUAUGGACCUCUGAUUAUUGUGAAAGCAGAGAAGUACCUGAAAACAACAGAUAUAUGCACUACAUUACAUGUUUGCCCAGCUUCUACUGCAGUUAGCAACAAGGAAGCCUCAAUCAUGGAAGAAGAACCUUUGAUUUCUGACUCUUAAUCAUGGGAGAAGAGUUUUAUUACAUUUAUGGAGUGCUUAUUGCUUUAAGUUCUACUCCUGAUAUUUCUAUCUAAACUAAAAUCCAUGUGCUUCUAACUAUGUACUCUCACUAAAUGUCAAAGACCAUGAUUGUGUGA